GAGAUGUACCAGAGCUUAGCCAUGGCAGCCAACCAUGGCCCACCAGCAUAUGAAGGGACCAGUAGUUUUAUGCACACCGCAGCUGCUGCUUCUCCUGUCUACAUACCCACCACAAGGGUCACUUCUAUGAUUCCCAGCCUGCCUUACCUCCAAGGGAGUGGUUCAUCCCAGCAAGGCAGCCCAGUCUCCAGCCACUCCAUUUGGACUCAGCCUGGAGCUGAGAGUGUUGCUUACAACCCUGGAUCUUCUCAUCCAUCAGUAUCCCCAAGGUUCUCCUUUGCUACCAGCACCCCCAUCCCAGCAACUACUUCCAGAGAAGCAUCUGCUUAUAACAGUUCUCUUAGUAUCUCGGCCAACAGCAGGGACCAAUAUGCUCGGAGUUUCAGUGGGUCCUAUUCCAGUCCAUAUCCAGCAAGUUAUAUGACCCCAGAAUUGGGCACCAGCUGGACUUCAUCUCCCUUUGAUAGCCCCAUGCUCCACAACCUUCAGAAUCGGGGUACUCCAGGAGUUUCAAGGCAUACCAACCUUGUGCCUACAGAGUUUUUUGAUGAUUAUUCCGAAGGUCGGGAAUGUGUCAACUGUGGUGCUAUGUCCACCCCACUGUGGCGAAGAGAUGGCACCGGCCACUAUCUUUGUAAUGCAUGUGGACUCUACCACAAGAUGAAUGGCAUUAACCGGCCACUGAUCAAGCCCCAGAGGAGGCUGUCAGCCUCCCGUCGGAUUGGACUGUCAUGUGCAAACUGCCAUACUUCUACAACCACACUGUGGCGCCGGAACGCCGAAGGAGAGCCAGUCUGCAAUGCUUGUGGUUUAUACAUGAAGCUCCAUGGGGUUCCAAGACCUUUAGCUAUGAGAAAAGAAGGGAUCCAAACCAGGAAGCGUAAACCAAAGAACUUGAGCAAAUCCAAGACAUCAGCAGGAUCAGUCACCAAUGAAAGCCUUCCCACUGCCAUUAGCUCAGCCACCUGCACCAGCACAACUACCACUACUACUGCUGAAGAAAUGCGCCCCAUCAAGACAGAACCAGGAAUCUCAUCUCAUUAUGGACACCCAAGCCCUAUUCCUCAGACAUUCUCUGUUGCGGCAAUGUCUGGCCAUGGACCUGUUCUUCACUCCACUAUGUCUACUCUCAAGCUUUCCCCACAAGCUUACCAAGGAACCAUCAACCAGUCUCCCCAGCCUAGUUCCAAGCAAGAUUCCUGGAACAGCCUAGUCUUAGGGGAAACACAUGGAGACAUCAUCACAGCUUAA